AUGUCUCCAUUCAGACAGUUCCUCUCCUCGCUCGGCCUCUAUCUCCAAUACAAACUCCCCCCGACCCCCGCAACGCUUGAGUCUCGCUCUCGCCCAGAAUCUUUGGGGGACGACAAUUCGAACCAGGAUCGCACAUAUUAUACAGGCCAUGGCCGUUUCGCGGGUCAGGUUGCUGCGGCUAUAGAUGAGAGAGCAGGCUUUGUUUCACCAUGCACGCCCUAUCAAGUCCCACUUAUGGAUGCGCCCCUGUUUGAAAACCUGGAUCUAUCCGUCAGAUGCUCCACUUUCCCCAUAUCCACUGAAUUGCCUUCCCAAACAUGUGCGGAUCAGCUUGUGGAAGUAUAUUGGGAAUAUGUCGAUCCUGCAGAACCUAUAUUGGACCGCCAGCAGUUCUUGAAGUACUAUGAUUCCUUGUACUCUAACUCCAGCUUGCCUCUGUGUAUAGAACCUUCCAUCCAACUCAGCAUUCUCAAUUUAGUAUUUGCACUCGCAGUGCAAAGACAAGAAUAUAUCGCCCUUGCGAAGAGAAGUGAAGAGGGAAACAAUUAUUUUCGGCGCGGAUGGGAUCUUUUCCCUGCCGAAUCUAUCCUUUGGGAUGCUGGGUCGGUCGAGCAGGUGCAGUGCAUAAUGCUUAUGAACCGAUACCUCCACUGCGCUGGCAAUCAACAAAAGACUUGGAUGACUGCGGGACUGGCAAUGCGUAUUGCACAAACAAUAUGCUGUCACCUCCCAGAGAGCUCCUCCGCGAAGGGUAUGGGUGAUGAUGCACGGCUGAAACGUAAGGUCUGGGCAAGCUGUAUUUCCCUAGAUCGGUGUGUCUCCUGGUCACUUGGGCGGACAUCGGUACUGGCUCUAAUUCCGAGCCCCCACUUGAGAAACGCCUGUGAGCUGGAAGAUAGACAAACAGAGACUUGUCGUUGGUAUUCGGAGCUUCACGAAAUUGGUAACCGGAUACAACUAGCCCAGAUUCAGACACGAAGCACGCUAGCUGCUAGAUCAGUCAUGCCGCCUCUCCAUCAGCAGGAGGAAUAUCACACAGCAGUAGUUCAUCUGGACAAUUGUCUCAAUGAAUGGGAGGCUAAUCUCCCAAGUAAACUCCAGUUAGGAAACUUGAAAUUCCAGGAAGACAGAAUACCUAGAAUGACGCGAUAUCUACUCCACAUUCGUUUUCUUCAUUUCCGACUCUACCUGUACAGACCAAUACUUGCACGUUUCUACUCGAUGAAAUCCAAUUCUCAAUCCAAUUCUAUCAAAAAUCCAAGUCUUAGUGAGCGCCUUCUCAAGGAGGGUGCCAGAAUGUGUGUUGAGGCCGCGCAGAGUGUUACAUCUCUAGUCGUCGAAACAUUAGACCUCGGUCCGUCUAUCGGUAUUCUCCCUUGGUGGACCCGAAUUUACUAUCUCCACAUUGCUGGUGUAAUUUUCCUCGCAGCCAUGGUCGAAUCGGAUCUAUUUACCUGUUCAGUCCGUCGAUCAUGGCAGAACGUUAUGGAAACUCUUUACGCACAUAUUCACCUGAGUACAUACGUUCAGCAGUGCAUCACAACCUUUGAGGCUCUGUAUAUGAAGGCCUCACAUGCAAAUUCUCUACAUACGCUUGACGAAAGUGUAAAAUUGACGAGCGAUUGGGGCUUCAGUUCUGAAGAUAUCUUUCAUGACAUUAAUUUUGAUUUUGACGAGUUCUUAUUCAGAACAGACGAGGUAAAUUUGGGUGCGCUGGGUUAG